AUGUCGAGCGUCGUGCUAAAGAGGGUAUUGGGGUUGAGGAGGGUAAAUGGUCGAGGGAUCAGUCCUGAUGGGGUGCGAAUGUUAGGUUUUGAGUGUGGCAGGAGAGGUAUGGGAGAGAUAGGCAGUAGUAAGUUUUGGAAGUUGAGGGUUUUUGGAGGGCAGACGCAGAGGUAUUCUAGCAAGGCGAGGGCUAGGGCGACUGCCGAUAGCCAUCCAGACUUGAAACGUGAUGAAAGAUUCAAGAGGCUCUCCAAGGAGGAUUUGGAGUAUUUUAGAAGCAUUCUUUCUGAACAGGAGAUAUUGGAGGGCAGUGAGGAAGAGGAUCUGGCGUUCUACAAUGAGGAUUGGAUGCGCAAAUAUAGAGGUAAUUCGAAGCUAGUGUUGCGGCCAAAAACGACGGAAAGUGUAUCCCAUAUUUUGAAAUAUUGUCAAGCUAAGCGGUUGGCGGUUGUGCCGCAAGGUGGAAAUUCUGGGCUAGUCGGCGGCUCAGUUCCGGUGUUUGAUGAGAUUAUUUUGAAUCUUAGUCAGAUGAACCGUAUUCGAGAGUUUGAUGAUGUUAGUGGGAUACUGAAGUGUGAUGCGGGGGUGAUUUUGGAGAAUGCAGAUAUGCACCUAGCGGAAAAAGGAUUCAUAUUUCCGUUGGACUUGGGUGCCAAGGGCUCGUGCCACGUUGGGGGGCUAGUGGCGACAAAUGCAGGUGGGCUUCGAUUCCUUCGUUAUGGCUCCUUGCAUGGAAAUGUAAUUGGUCUGGAAGUGGUAUUGCCUAACGGGGAUAUUUUGGAUAGCAUGCAUGGGUUGAGGAAGGAUAAUACCGGUUACGACCUGAAACAGCUAUUUAUCGGUUCAGAAGGUACUCUGGGAGUGAUAACCGGUGUUUCUAUAUUGUGUCCCCCAAGACCGUUGGCUUCCAAUGUUUGCUUCCUGGGGUUGGAUAGUUACGAGUCGGUACAAAAACUGUUCGCUAAGGCAAAGAAGGAGUUGAAUGAGAUAGUUUCCGCGUUUGAGUUUAUGGAUCUUGCUUCGCAAAAGUUGGUCAAGGAAUAUUUGAAAGAUGUUCCACACCCGUUGGCUGACGAGCAUCCGUUCUACGUGUUGAUUGAGACAUCUGGUUCAAAUAAGGAUCACGACGACGAAAAGCUGGAAGGCUUCCUGGAAAGUGCUAUGGAACAAGAGUUGGUUACGGAUGGUGUUGUUGCUCAGGAUGAGACGGAGCUGCGUAACUUAUGGAAUUGGAGAGAACUGAUCCCUGAAGCUACCACCAUGGGCGGUGGCGUUGAAAAAUACGAUGUUUCUUUGCCCUUGAAGGACUUAUAUUCUUUGGUUGAAGCUGUUUCCUCCCGGUUGGAAAAACAUGGUUUAUCCAGUAUUGACGAUCCCUCUAAACCAGUCAUUUGCGCCGUUGGUUUCGGCCACGUUGGUGACAACAACUUGCACUUGAAUAUCCCAAAUAGAGAGUACUCGCAAAGGGUUUGGGCUGUCUUGGAGCCUUUUGUUUAUGAAUUUGUUGCGUCGAAACAAGGUUCUAUCAGUGCCGAGCAUGGAAUUGGUUUGCAUAAAAAGAAGUACCUUGGUUAUUCCAAAAAUGAGCAGGAGAUUAAGCUAAUGAAACAGUUUAGAAGUCUAUUUGACCCAGCGGGAAUUUUGAACCCUUACAAGUACGUGUAG